AUGCUGUUCGACCGCAAUGCGAACCUCGUGGGCGUAGGUGACAAAUGCUAUCGAAUUCCAGCAAGCAGCCGAGAUCCAGAGAUCAAAUGGGAGGUAUCAUACGCCCGUCAGGGUGCUCUCGACAUCCCCUUGGCACCAGGUAACGCGAUAUUCUGGCCAGCACCGUUCACGCGGGAUAUCCUCGCGUUGGAAUACUGCCCACUUACCGCCACUGAUUCGCUCUUGAGUUCGAUUACAACGCAGGGUUUGUGGAUGAACUUGACUCCGCGCAAAGGAAUCUGCAUGAAGUCGUUGGCUGCUCAACUUGGGCAACUCAAGAAGCUUCAAGAAGUGCACAUUCUUCAUGCGAAGAAGAAGGACAAGCCCAAAGGCCCCCGCAAGCUGCGCAAACCACACUUUCCUGGGCAGCAACUCAACAAAAUUGCAGUGGAUAUGACCUAA